AAACACCAAGUCAGUCUUCUUCCUUUACACUUUUCUCUCUGCAACUUCAUUUAAGAAAGAAUGGGUCUUUUGGUUCUUGCUGCAAAAGACUAGUCCUUAUCUUGGUUUCAUUUUUUAACUACUCCAAAACCAACAGAGUCGUUUUCUUUUCUUUCUCUAGAAUUUAGACCUUCUCUUAGUAUUUAUGAUAAGGGGCACAUUUUCUGCUUCCUACUAUACUAGUAGCAAUCAAACUAGAAUUGCAGACAAAAAAAACAAAGGAAACUGUCACCCUUUUUUCUUUUAUCUUUUUUUUUUGUCUGUGUGAAGAACUCAAGAAUCAAUACUGUGUUUUGCAUAUUUUGAAACUUAUUACUGUGGAUGAGCAUCAAAAGGAGGUGAUUUAGAGGGAAAGCUGGGAAUAAGAUCUUGGAGCGGACAAAGCUAAAUUGGAUAAAUAAUUUGUAUGAAAAUUGCGUCAGGCUUCAAUUGUAUGAAAAUUGUGUGAUGGAAUCGUCAUCAAAGAGGGCGAAGGCACCAGGCAAUAUAACUCAUUGCUUGGUUGAUGGGUGUAAUGCAGACCUCAGUCGAUGCAGAGAGUAUCACCGCCGGCAUAAAGUUUGUGAGGUUCAUUCAAAGACUGCUAAAGUUACUAUUGGUGGUCGAGACCAACGCUUCUGUCAGCAAUGCAGCAGGUUUCAUUCAUUGGUUGAAUUUGAUGAUGGAAAGAGAAGCUGUCGUAAACGUCUUGAUGGACAUAACAGACGUCGAAGGAAGCCUCAGCCAGAGUCUAUGGCCAAAAAUUCUGGAUUACUGAAUGGCCAACAAGGAACGAAGCUCCUGUCAUUUAGCAGCCAACAGAUAUUUCCAAGCGCAGUUGUGAGCUCUACAUGGGCUGGUGUUGUCAAAACGGACAGCGAUAUGGUGUUAUACAACAACAAAUCACAUAUAAAUUGCAUGGACAGUCAAAACUCAUUCGCUCAUUCUUCGGCUCAUAGCUAUAAAGGAGGAAGCCAACUCCAGUUCUUGCAAGGCAUUGGUCGUAGUCUCCCUGAAGCUUCUUCAAUCUGCCCGCCACUUCUUGAUCAUCCCACUUCUGCAGCAGGAAUUUCUAGCAGCGGACAAAAGAUCUUCUGCAGUGGAUUAAGUGAAGUUGAUUCUGAUCGUGCUCUCUCUCUUCUGUCAUCAGCACCCGCUGUAACUAGGGAGAUUGGUCUGAGUAACAUGGUGCAGCAGCCUGCCUCUAUCCCCUGUCCCCGGUCACAUGGCCUGCACUAUGGUGGUCUAAGCCAUUUCCCAUUUGCUCAAGAUUUCAAUAGCAAUCCUCAAGAUUCACAUGUUAGCAACAGCAGCAGUCCUCUCCAUUUCCAUGAAAUGUUACAAAAUGCACAAGAUGGGUCAUCUACAAGUGAUGGCUCCCAACAAACACUAGCCUUUAUGUGGGACUAAACGUCCUUGGUCUCUGCUAAUAUAUCAAGGAAAUUCCGUUAAUCUUGAAUUUUCAGUAUCCUUUCAAGCGAAUGGCAUUCCAUUUGAGAAUGUUUAGCUUCUAAUUAUGGAAGACAUAAUUUCCUCCAAAAGUGGUUAGAUCCUGGUUUGUGAGGAAGGUUGAUUUUGUGUGAUAUAUGAUUUGACUUCUCUAUAUUCCUUUCAUUAUGAUUCUCUCUUCGUUAUUCUCUUAAUGGAAAAGGGUUAGAAAUACCCGUAUUUCAAGUAUUAAAAA